GUGACAGGCUGUCACCAACAAUGUAACACACUGAUCCCCCCUCGUUUUCUUUCCAUUCUUCACACCUUCCUCCGUCUUUCCCUUCCCCCCUCUGCAACCUCCCAGCUGUUGUCUCUCUCUAGGGUGCUUUAUCUCUCUUAGGGUUUCGCACUCGUAUUGCUGGAAUCAUCGGUUCGGCGUUCGUAUUCCACGGAUCCUCCCUCCCUGACUCGUAAUAUCGCAAUCUGCUACUGGUGACUGAAAAUAAAGAAUUAGAGAACACUAGACUGUGAGGAAAGGUUUGACAUAAGAUUAUCAUAUGUUUUUUUUGGGGUUGAAUUUUUCUGGCAUCAAUGCUGAAAGAGAAAAGCAUGUGUGGAAUUAGUGCUUUGGGUAAUGUCCCAUUUGAAGGUACUCGGUGAUGCACUAGGUGCCUUAACAAUUUGUCUCGUUUCCCUUUUGGUCGUUCUUGGUUUAUUCUGCAUCCUGUAUUUGAUAUACUUCCACUCGUGGAUCCGCGGUCAAGCUCAUACCCAACUCGGCUAUUUCAGUGGUCCUUGGAUAGUCCGAGUCACAUUAAUACUCUUCUCGAUCUGGUGGGGCAUAGGUGAGGUUCUUCGGCUGAGUCUUUUGAGACGGGGCGGUGGGGGUUUGUUAAAUGCUCUCAACGGGAAAUUGCAAGAAACCAUUUGCAAAUGUUACAUCGUUUCGAGUCUAGGGUUUGCAGAACCAUGUUUCUUCCUCAUUGUUGUGUUCCUUCUCCGUGCAUCCCUACAGAAAUCAGUGACAUUGAACCAAAAAUGGAACGGGAAAACUGCCGUUUACGUUCUUCUCUUUUGUCUCCCAAUGUUUGUUCUUCAGAUUUUUAUCAUUUCUAUCUUACCAAAAUUUAGCAAGGUGAAAUUGCCUCACUACUUCACAAGAGCCACUUCACUACCUAAAGCAAAGGAUAGUGAUGACAUCACUGUAUGCACUUACCCUUUGCUAAGUACCAUCUGCCUUGGUCUUUUUGCCGUCACGUUGACAUGCUAUUUGUUCUGGCUUGGGAGAAGGAUCCUUCACUUGGUCAUCAACAAGGGCUUGCAAAAGAGGGUUUACACUUUAGUCCUUUUGGUUUCGGGUUUCUUACCGUUGAGGAUUGUCUUUCUAGGUUUAUCCUCUUUAUGUACACCGGGAGGACUGGUCUUUGAAGUUCUUGCUUUCUUGGGGUUUCUUUCCCUUUUAUGUUGUGCGGGAACGGGCAUAUGCUUGCUUGUGUACUUUCCUGUGGCUGAUUCAUUAGCAUUGAAGGAAGUGAAAAGAGAUUUUGAGGCUUCGCAUAACGACACCAUUUCUUUAAUUGCUAAUCAAAGCCUUCCAGGAGGAAGCAUCCCAAAAAGGCCUGGGAGAAAUUUCGAAACGUCAGGAAAACAAGGUUCAAUUUCAUUUCGUACGUUGGAGAAGGAUGACAGUGCUUCAGGCAGGGCCUUUGUGGAAUUAAGCCUCUUCUCGUCAAGUCAGCAUUCGAGCCCUCCCAGCUCAACUCAACUUCUUGGCUGCCCAAUGCUCUCAAGUCUCACCUAGAAAAGUUCAACAAGUCUACGAGAGAACACAUUUUUGAGGUGGAGAAAUCUGUGUGUAUAGAUAGAGUCUUUAGCUUGAUAUAAUAAGCAAUGCUCUAUUUUAGUUUCGCUUUGAAAUACGCCACUGUAUGAUUUUAUCGCUGCCACAUAGCCCCACCUUAUUUUUCAGUGGGGUUCCUGAGCUUGUCAUUAGCUGCUAUGUUCAAGGUUUGAUUCCAAUUCAAUUCUAGUAGUCUAGCACUAAUUUUUUAUGUAGGCAAGAGAACUAUAUAAAGCUAGUAUAUGUAAUGCGUAUCGAAUGAGUGACGUGUUUCUGUAAAAAUUUGAGUCAGGUGCUUGAUGUUUAGUUCAUUUUCAUUAAAUCGUAGUUUGAAACAA